AGACAAUUCUAAUAGAUUAUUUCAAUUAUGAUAACAAUUAUAAAAAUAAUCAGGAAAAGUGAUUAUUAUAUGAUCUAUGAUUUUUAGGUUAAAUGUCAAAAUCUUAAAAUUCCAACCUCUAAACUUUUAAGAUCUAUGAGCAAAGUCGUAUAUAAAACAAAUAAUAUUGUUUAUAUUUUCCAUUGAUAUAUCUUAUUUAUAUCGGUAAUGAGUGCUCAAAAGCAAACUCGUGGCUCCGGCCGAAUAAAAGAAUGCGAAAAACGGAAAAUUGUAGAUGAUUCAACACGAAGAAGACGUUUCAGAAGAAUGCUAGAACUAUUGGAAAGCGAUAACUACCAAGAAGACCCGCACGCAGACCUCGUAAUGAGUAAAAAGUUGCCAAAGUUUGACGAUGAUUUGGAACAGAGGUCGACCAGAACCAAGAAAAGGGAACGUACAGCAGAUUAUUAUCAAAGCAAAUACAGAAAAACAUUCGAACAAAUGGUCGAAGAAGAUAGAAUUGAAGCUGAAAAGACUGGAAGAGUGUCAUACUUAGAUGCUGAGGCGAGAAGUGCAGAUUUUGCUGCGAGGAAGUUCUGUAACGUUUGUGGAUUCUUCUCGAAAUAUACCUGUGUAACGUGCGGAAUUAAAUACUGUAGUAUAAGAUGUAUGCAUAUUCAUCAAGAAACAAGAUGUUUGAAAUGGACAGCUUGAGUUAGGAUCCUUUUUUUCUGGUAUGUUGAUUAGUAACAUACUUUUUUUUAUAUUAUCAGAAAUAUAAAUUUUUUAAAAUAAUAAUAAUUUAUUUAUAAAACUUAUGUACAUAAAAAACAAAAUAUACAAAUUGAGACUGCG